GAAAGAAAAAAAACUAUAAUUCUUUUUCUUAAAAAGUGUUGAAGUUCAAGUAGAAGAAAAAUAAAAAGGGAAGAUAAGACAAGAUUGAACGGAUACGUAGUGUUUUUGUGCAUCAAUAAAAAAAAAAACAACAACAGAAAUAAAAGAAAGGGAAGAAAGGAGAAGAGGAGAAGAGGAGAAUAAUAAAAAAAAGAAAUUAGAAAAGAGAAGAAAAUCUGAAAGAACAUGUCGACUGCCGUCAUGACUACUUCGUCCGUAUUCGAAUGCAGCGAGUCUCUCUUUAAGAACACGAAUUCUACGAAGAGCAAGGAAACAGCAAAUACCAGCGUGGUACCGAUUUCAUCUGUCAACAACAGUAACAAUGCAACGAGCGGGGGUCACGCACCUCUUCGUCGUAGUUACACAUCAUUUGUGACGACGUUGAUUGAACAACAUCGUAAACUCGACAGGAGCGUUAGCGAACCAACGUCCCGUUACAAGACAGAACUUUGCCGACCGUUCGAGGAAAGUGGCGCCUGCAAAUACGGGGACAAGUGUCAGUUCGCGCAUGGGUAUACCGAAUUACGAAAUUUGGCUCGUCAUCCAAAAUAUAAGACUGAGCUAUGUCGCACCUUCCAUUCAAUUGGUUUUUGUCCAUACGGACCACGGUGCCACUUCAUUCACAACUUCGAAGAGGCACGCAUACAUAAUCAGAAGGUUAGCGACGAGAUAGGCUUACCUCAGCCAAACAUCUUGGGUCUUAAUCCGUUUCUGGCGGCUGCAGCCGCAGCAGCAGCCGUAUCUAACAAUGCUGGUACAACUACAACAAGUAACAACAACACCAACAGUAAUGCUGCAACAACAGCAGUCACGGUAGUUUCCGGUACUGUUGCUACUCAUAACAACAACAUCCCUACCCUGAAUUCUACCAAUUUUAACGUCGGUUUGCUCAAACGGAUUGCUGUUGCUAGUUCGCCUCAAGAAGUAGCAGUUGCUGCAGUAACAGCCGCCGCUAACAAUUCAUCCCAAAAUCUAAUUAGAACAAAUUCUUUGAAUUCAGCUUAUAGUUCAGCUAAUGUAUUUAUUCCACCCUUGAUCCGAACCAAUUCUCUAAGCCUGGGCUCGACUCAACAACAACCACAACAGCAACAUCAUCACCAGCCACAACAACAACAACAGCAACAGCAGCAACAUAAUCAUCAUCACCAUCAUCAUCAUCAUCGUCAAACUUGUGCCAAUGUCGUCAGGAGUAGUUCAAUCGUUGGAUCAACCAGGCCAAAACCAUUGAACCUCAGUCCAACUUUCUCACUUGGUAGUUCUGCGGAUUCCGGUUCACCACCAUCUAGUCUCAGUCAAUCACCCACCAAUUCAAUGGCAAGUUUCUUUGGCGACGAACAAGGAAACUUAACGGCCAGUAAUAGCCUGUCGACAACUGCAUUCAGUUUUGGACAUAAUUUUGGAUUAAUCGAACCUAGACAAACUCCAAGUCCUCACACGAAUCUUUGCAGUUCCUCCCUCAGUUCCGAUGACAUUGCACCUAGAACUCCAUCACCGUUAUCACCUAACGCCGAGUCAAGGUUACCCGUAUUCAAUAGGAUCAGUAGCAACCUUGGUGACUUUGAAAAUCUUAAGAUCUAAAUUAAUUAUUCUUAAUCGUUACACUAUCUUACACUUGUGCGCCUGUAUGUGUUUUCUCUUUUUGCAACAUCUUGAAAGAAAACAUAUGCGCUUGGUUUUUUUUUCCUUUUUUUUUUCCUCUUU